UGUUAAUAACAAUUCACAACUCAUUAGCAUAAAAUUCAUGCUUAUAUAUUAAUCUGUCAAAGUACUUCAUCCGCUGUCUCGGCGUCCAUAUUUCCCUCUGAAAACGUAUGGUCUACUAAUUAAAAUGAAAAUCACGCAGCCAGCUCAUCCGUCCGUCCGAGCCCUUAUCGUUGCGACACGCGAAUCAACAAAAUAUAAUCGCGCUCCCACUCAAGGCGAAUCCAAGUUAAGAGAAGCCGUGGAUGUUUUUAUCGUGAUACCCAAAUAUAGGCGUAACCGUCACUCGAUAGUCAAAAGUGGAGCGCGCAAUCUAAGAAUUCGGACGAAAUUUGUGUCUGAUUGAAAGUAAGGCCACUGCUGAUUCUGCAAAUUUUUUUAUCGGAAGUCUCUUCAAUAUGAGUGCUUUAAGAAAAGAGGUUCUGCAGCACUUCAAGUCUCUUCAUCGAGUAAGCCAGUCAGUUUUUGAGGGUGAUGCUAAAACUAUUGCUGCAUGCCGAGCAAAAAUCAAUGAAGAAUAUAAAUCUAAAAAACACGUAAAAAAUGAAGAUUCUGUCAGAGAACUCCUCAAGUUUUCCGAGGAAAUUGAAACUGAGCUUAGGGAGAAUGUGAUUCAAGCAAAAGAAAAGUCUCCUGGAAAUUACGAGUUGCGAAUCACGGAGGGAACAACAAAGCUAAUCAAUUACCCAUUUCAAGAGGAUGCUCAACUUCCCAUUUUUAAGAGUGGUCGGCGAUGCAAGAAGUAAAUUUGCAUAGAUGAAUAUUCGAAAAAUUCUAGGUAGACUGUUGAAUAUGUACUUGGAAUAUAAUGGUUUGUGCCGAUUUAAUAAAGGUAGUUGUUAAGAUAAAAAUUCG